AUGGAUGAUAUCCAUGAUCUGUGUCGGGGUGUCUUUCCUUGGAUCAGCAACCAAGCAACAUGUCUCGGCCUGGAAACGCAGGAUAACAGGUUCGCUCAGCUGGGCGGGGAACUCUUCAUCUUGACUCAACAAAUCCCCUUCUCACGCCAUAAAGGAAAAGGUUCCAAGCUAGUCAAGGUUGCAGUGCUCGUUAACAAAGCUUGUUCUGUCCCGAGAACCAAGCAUGUCGGAGAGAAUGAGCUGUUUAAUGCGCUUUGGAGGAUACUAGAGUGCAAGGAUUCAAACACGCCUGUUGAGAAAACACUCAUUCGCGAUGUCCGACGCAGCCUGCUGCAGUUCGUCAAGGAAAACCCCGAGUAUCCUUCUCUCCUACGGUUCAUCAUGGAUUGCCUACACGUAACGGACUCUUCAGAUGGACUUCCUGAUGAGCAUCUACGUCUGCAUAGUAAUGACACCAAGUAUCCCACGCAAAUAAACAAUACUCUCUAUACCCAACUUCGAAUUCACUCAUCCUGCUCGUGUGGCACUCAACACCUUGAAUGCCCACGGCUACGACUGGAUCCUGGCCACGAUAAGCAAGAUGAUGCAAAUAUUCCAUUCGAUGUAUUGUUUGCGGCAGACUCUACGUCACCUCAUACAAUCAAUCCUCAACUCCGGUGGAAAGAGGUGAAUGUAUCGGUUGCUAGCUUCCCAUGUGCUGAAAGACGAAACAAAACACCACGGAAGAAGCAAGUUUCAUUUUCAUUCCAGGCCUCGAGAGUGUCGCCUAGCGCCCAAAGCAAGUUGCCAUUCCCAACUGGCCUCCAAAGACUCGGACUCGGAGAGUUUUGCAGGUUGAUCAGAAAUGAAAAGACUACACCAAUUCACUUGCAUGUUGAUGACAACGUAUUGAAGCUCGCCGACACUGUUCAAGAUAACCCUUGGCGAAGCUUUCUCCCCUUGGCGAGUGUGCCUCUAGCAGAAUGGCUGGAACAGACAGUGCACCUGUCCAACAGGGUCAAGAUUACGCUCGCAUAUACAAUUGCGAGAUCAGUGUGGCAGUACUACAAUUCUUACUGGAUGGCCAGUCCAUGGACGCACGACAAUAUCCAAAUGAUGAAGGAAAAAGUCAGUGAUCGAAACCACAUCCGACCACAUCCCUAUUUCACCACGAAGCUUCGCAAAUUCAAAGGCCAAGUAUUGGACUACUGCAUCGCAGACGACCUCUUUCAUAUGUAUCCCAGUAUUCUCGCGUUGGGGGUUAUCCUUAUUGAAAUUGCAACCAAGCAACCAUUCAGACCUGAGAGCUCUCAUUACCCCUGGGAUGAAACCACGAUCAAUGAUUAUUACGAGUGGGCAUGGACCACGGCGAAUGGCAGUAAUUUAGGAAAUAUGAUUGGAGCUGCUUAUGAGGCGGUGGUAAACAACUGUCUUGAUGCCGAACUAUUCAGAGAUGGUCCUACUGACCCGUCAAGACUCGACGAAGAUCUUGAAAUAAGACAGUCACGUCUCUACGAGAAAGUUGUGCUGCCUCUUCAGGAUCUCUAUCACGCAUAUAGAGACGACUGGGAGAUUCAGGAGCUUCCCAAGCCAGAAGUUCUAAUCUCUCCAUCUCAGGCCCAACAUACCAGACCGGCCAAUCGAUCCCAAUUCACCAUCGCCAUUUUCUGUGCGUUACCCUUGGAAGCAGACGCCGUCAGCGAGUUGUUCGAUGAAAUAUUGAACGAAGAAAUCGAGAACUUCCGCAAAGCAGUCGGAGACGACAAUACGUACACCCUAGGCAGAAUCUUGCACCAUAACGUCGUUCUCGUCCAUAUGGCUGGUAUGGGAAAGGGUGCCGCAACUCAAGCGGCUUCGAGUAUACGAGCCAGCUAUCCAGAGAUCAAGCUUGCGCUUGUGAUUGGAGUCUGCGCGGGGGUUCCAUCAUAUUCGGCCGGAAAGGACGAUCUUAUCCUCGGCGACGUUGUGAUCAGUGAUGGAAUUGUACAAUAUGACUUUGGAAGGCGAUUCCCGGAUACCUUUCUAAGCAAAGCCAGACCGGAGGUGGCUGGCCCCAAGCUUCGAGGUUUGUUGGCUAAAUUGAAGGGAGUACGAGGGCGAGAACGCAUUGAGACGAGGCUAUCUAGGCAUCUCAGCGUCUUGCAGGAUAAGCUUGGUUCCCAGAGAGCUGGUUACCCAGGCAUGGGCAAAGACGAGUUGUUUCAAUCCGCCUAUCGACACAAGCAUCAGGAUCCAGCAGCCUGCCACUUAUGUAGUUCUUGUCAAGGCGGGACAGAUCCAGUAUGCGAAGAAGCACGAUUACUGACUUGUCAACGGCUUGGAUGUCAGAAGGGGUCUUUGGUCCCGCGCAAGCGACUGCAGGACGCCUCUGCGAAAAGUUGCCCCCCAAGACCUAUAAUCCACUUCGGACUCGUUGGCUCUGGAGAUACGGUCAUGAAAUCCGGGCAACAUCGUGAUGAAACUGCGAUCCAGCAUAACCUCAUCGCUUUUGAGAUGGAGGCUUCUGGGGUUUGGGAACUUUUGCCGUGCCUUGUCAUCAAAGGCGUGUGCGAUUAUGCCGACAGCCAUAAGAAUAAAGACUGGCAACACUAUGCUGCUGCGACGGCUGCGUCUUGUAUGAAAGCUGUAUUGGAGGAAUUUCCGAUAGGCGAAUGGUUAGUCAUGGCCUAG